GCUCCCUCGGCGUUGGACAGCAGCAACUGCCGCCUCGGACCAGCCCGCAGCCCCUCCGCAUCCCCUUCCCCGAGAGACUCGCAGCGCGAAGAUGGCGGCGUACAAAUUCCUCCUGCCGACGCUCAGCCGCCGCAUCCUCCUUCCCGCUGCGCGGGUGCGGGGCGCCGUGGCUGAGAUUUCUGGAUGCUAUUUUUCUACCAGCUGUCAUCGCAACACCAAGUUUUAUACUGAUCCUGUCGAAGCUGUAAAAGAUAUACCUAAUGGGGCAACUAUACUUGUUGGUGGGUUUGGAUUGUGUGGGAUCCCUGAGAACCUCAUUGGGGGGUUACUAAAGACUGGAGUAAAGGGAAUAACAGCAGUCAGUAAUAAUGCAGGUGUUGACAAUUUUGGACUUGGUCUUCUGCUUCAGACUAAGCAGAUUAAACGCAUGGUCUCGUCGUAUGUUGGAGAGAACGCUGAAUUUGAACGCCAGUAUUUAUCUGGCGAGCUUGAAGUUGAGCUUACACCUCAGGGCACACUUGCAGAACGUAUUAGAGCAGGAGGAGCAGGAAUCCCAGCAUUUUACACUAGCACUGGCUAUGGGACACUGGUGCAGGAAGGGGGUGCACCUAUCAAAUACAACACAGAUGGCACAAUUGCCAUUGCCAGCCAGCCAAGAGAGGUGCGAGAGUUUGAUGGCCGUCACUUCAUUCUGGAGAAGUCAAUCACAGGAGACUUUGCUCUUGUGAAAGCGUGGAAGGCUGAUCGUGCAGGAAACAUCAUCUUCAGGAAAACUGCACGAAACUUCAACCAACCUAUGUGCAAGGCUGCCAAGACAACUGUGGUAGAGGUGGAAGAAAUUGUUGAUAUAGGAGCAUUUGCCCCAGAAGACAUUCAUGUUCCCAAAAUCUAUGUUGAUCGCCUGAUAAAGGGAGAGAAGUUUGAAAAGAGAAUUGAACGCUUAUCAGUUCGAAAGCCUGAAGAUUCAAAAGCCAAACAGAAACAAGGAGACAAUCUGAGGGAGAGGAUCAUCAGACGGGCUGCUUUAGAGUUUGAAGAUGGCAUGUAUGCCAAUCUGGGUAUUGGAAUCCCACUAUUGGCCAGUAACUUCAUCAGUCCAGACAUAACUGUACACUUACAGAGUGAAAAUGGAGUCCUGGGUUUGGGUCCUUAUCCACUUGAAAAUGAAGUAGAUCCAGACCUGAUUAAUGCAGGUAAGGAGACAGUCACGGUUCUUCCAGGUUCUUCCUAUUUUUCUAGCGAUGAAUCAUUUGCAAUGAUAAGAGGAGGCCACGUUGAUUUGACAAUGCUUGGAGCCAUGCAGGUGUCUAAGUAUGGUGACCUGGCCAACUGGAUGAUUCCUGGUAAGAUGGUGAAAGGCAUGGGGGGUGCCAUGGACCUGGUAUCCAGUGCACAGACCAAAGUGGUUGUCACUAUGGAGCACUCAGCCAAGGGCAACGUCCAUAAAAUCUUGGAAAAGUGCAGUUUGCCACUUACCGGGAAACAAUGCGUAAACCGCAUCAUUACAGAGAAGGCUGUGUUUGAUGUGGACAAGAAGAAGGGAUUGACCCUUGUGGAAAUCUGGGAAGGGCUGACAGUGGAUGAUAUCAAGAAAAGCACUGGCUGUGACUUCACGGUUUCUCCAAAACUAAUACCAAUGAGGCAGAUUUAAACAUGAAAUGCAGACUGGGCUCAACUUGCCAGAAAGCUUGUUUCCAGAUGGGAGCUCACUGAAAAGAAAUCAAUGAUUGCUUUUCAAUUAAUGUUUUGUUGCUGUUGUUUGUUUGUUGAUUUUUUUUUAUUUCACGGGUUUUGUAAGUCAUUUCCAGAUAGUUAAACUCAACCUGUGACAUUAAUCUUAAAAUGGAUUUUGCUUUCAUAAUAUUACCAAUUUUAAUGGAAGGGUGAAUUUAUUCUCCAAGAUUUGAAUUAUGUUAUACUAAAAUGUAAAUGAAGACUGUUAAAAAUGCCUUGUAGUUUCUCUGCCAAAUACUACAUUUUUUUACAGUUUCAGAAAAUGACCAUGCAAAACUUAGGAGAUUGCCUCUGCUUUUUUCUGUUGUCAUUAAACUUACAAAUUAUUCCAUUGCUUUGUAACUACAGCACUUACCAUGUCCAUUCUCCUGUAAAGGUAUGGGGAUUUUUUUCAUAUAGCAAAUGUACAUAGCUUUAGAGACAUCAGGAGUAUGGUCUUCCCUUUUCCUGAUCCUUUUAGUGAGACUGACAAAAGUACAUAGUGGAAAUUACUGGGUCCUUAGGCCUGAAUGUAUCUGCUGUUUCCAUGGUAUAUGUCUCCUGGCAUUAAGAAGCCUACACUCCCAAAGUCCAACUCUGACCUCUUGUAUACAAACUGGAGUGUGGCUCGUAUGAAGGAGAUUAAGAAGUCUCCAUCCCCAUGCAGCUGGUAGCUGCAUCUUUAGCCCACAGGAGCCACUCUGACUUCCCAGAUAAAAUCCUUCUACUCAGCAUCCAUUCAAAGGCAAUGAGGAUUGUUUCUGCUGUGAGGUCUGUUCUCUCAGUGUUAACAUAGAGACACAAAGUGGGAAAAUGCUGGGGGCACUUUGAAGAUUUCUUCCAAAGGGAUUGCGGUUGAUUAAUGGUAAAAGCUAUAAGUAUGCACCAUUUCCCAACCAAGGCAUCUGCAAAAACUAAAGAAUGUGGAACCCAAACUCAUGGUAACCAGAAGAAAAGCCAUCAGACAACUGAAAUCGUUGUCAUAGUGGUUCUGCUACUUGAUAAAGAUCUUCCUUUCCCUAUUAUUAAUUACAAAACGACUGUUACUCUUGGGAAUAGGCAAUAUGACAGAUUAGAUCUCACGUCUCAAAUCAUCACAGUAUAUCUUUAUUAUGCCAAGCAUGAACUGACUGGAAAAUAUACAUUUACUAAAAAAAAAAAAAACACCACUAGUGUUUGAUGCUCAAAGUAUGGUGGGUUUUGUAAUUCUAGUUAAUAGGAACACUUUAAGUGCUUCAGUGAAAGUAAUUCAUGAUGCAAUGUUUGACAUUGGCACUGAAGCAGAUUAAGUAGCUGAAAGUCAUGCAAAAUGCAGCUGCAUAAGUAAAUACAUGCAGUUGACUAUUGUACUUGUGAUAAGCAGUGCUGGGAUGUGGUAUGGAAAGGCAUUCUGAGGAUAGGUGGAUGAGGUUUUCACCAUAGUCAGUGUGUGUUGUGUAAGGAGUGCAACACACUGCUCCAGAAUUAGAUGGGGAAAUCCUGCAGUAUUUAGCUCCUGCACCUAGCCUUUGUACUGUGUUUUUUUUUCAUUCUGAAGAAGUGCUUCUUGUUUAUGGGACAGUUACAAGAUUUUUCUUGAUCCACACAUAGGUUUUAUGACAGUAAAACUGUUUUGCUUAGAGAGGCUAUUUGGUUUAAUUGCACUUACUCCAAGCAAUUCUUUUAUGACCUCUUGCCUACAGUAAACCAGGCUAUUCUUCUUCCCACAGAGGAAUAAACUAAAUGCCUUUGAACAAAAGUACUCCCAGUAUCCUAAACUGUAUGACUUGGGCUCAUGGGGGUUGAUGGGUGGUGGUAGGCUGUGUUGUAGCCUGAACCUGUAGGCAAGACCCAUGGGAAAGCACUGACUUCAUGAUUAAACAUACACCAGUGAUUUGGUGGUAGGUGAUUUGAAUGCAAGACUUGAAAUUACAACGAUCAAAGUGCUUCAGGACAUCUUAAUCUAUGAUUAGCACAAGUUAGUUUUUAGAUAGCUUUAGUUCUCACCUGUUUUCUCUGUUUAAAGUAUUGCCUCUGUUAUUCACUCAUUCCAAACAAGUUUCCUUCUUAAAGUUUAGCUAUUUCUAUUGCUGUGGAGGUGGGCUGAAAUUCUGCUCAUGGUGGCUUUGCAGAUCAAAAGCCUAUACAACAAAAGAGGAGAAUUUUAGCUCAGUUUGAAACAGUUUUGAUGUUGGAAAGAGGCCUCUUCCCCAGUCCAUAGACACCUCAGUGACAAUCUGGACCCUUCCUUGUGGUGUCUGACUUUUUUGCCUUCAGUGCCAAGGAUGGCUGUGAUCUCUCAAGGUGUCUUGUUCAUUGUCACUUAGAGGCCUCACAGAGAGAACCCAGAAUGGAUGCUGAGUUUAGGGGUGGAGUAUAAGAACAACUAUGAAGGGGAAGUGAGUUACUAGCCAGGAAAGAAAUAGCUGGGAAAUAAAUGUAUAAAUGAAAUGUCAGUCUAUUACAGUUACCUAUGCUACAUUAGUUGUAGGGCUGAUUAGUUAAUUACAGCAAACUUUUAUUGACAUAUAUAAAGUACAGGAGAAGUACCUGGGGGCAGCUUCGGGUGAAUGUUGCUGCCGCUGUAGAACUAUGCUUUGCUGGCGUACGCACAGAAGCCAUAGUUGUAAUUGACAUAUGGCUGUAAAUAGACUAAUGACCCAGUAAUGUCUGGAAGUUCAGAACCUUGGUUUCUGAAGCAAAGAAUUAGGAGUCAAGAACUCCUGAGUUUCAGCUUCUCUGGUUCUCCACUUACUGCCUUGAGAAGUGUCAUCUGUGCUCUCUGCCUUGUCUCUGGUUACUGGAAAAGCUGUCAUCCUACCUCACAGGGAUGUUGUGAGGAAUAACCAGCUAAAGUCUGUGCAGCAGGUUACUUUUUUUUCUCUUCAGCUUGGGGAUCGAUCACACUUGGUCAAGAGUGUGGAAGAGUACUUGAAGACUGUCAUACAUGCAGGAUAGCUGAGUUCUGUGUCUUCUCUUAUUUGUAUCCAUGUUAAUGCAAGACAGCAAAAGUCAACAUGAAAACAGAGGAAGAAAGGAGAACAGGCUCUCUCUGUACACAGCAGUGAUGCAAAUACCUGUAUGUCACACUUGAACUUCUUUAUCUUGAGGACAUUACAGUCAUAGUGGAACAUUGGUAUUGUUAGGGAAAUGUCACAUGUCCACACAAGCUCACUGCAGCAAGCUGUGACUCCACUUUUUUAAUUGAUUUGUAAAGUAGGAUUUGAAAUUAAAGCAUUCCUAAGUAUUUCCCUCUCUGUGGGCUCAGGUGUGGUUCACAGAUGAGGUGUACUCUGAGCAGUAGUUGCAAUGACCGAAAUUACAGGGAUGAGAGCCUCUCAUUUUCCUUUAGUGGUUGAUGUUAUAGAUGAAGGUUUAUUAGGACAUCACUGAGAUCAUCCCCUGCAUUUCACAAGGAAUGGACAGUUGAUACUCUUUGUCCUGAAGAAAAUGAUGAUUCUACUACAUUAUCACAUUGAUUCUACUACAUUAUCACAUUGGACGUACUUCACUUUAUGUUUUAUUGACUUUUAUCCCUGGAAAAGCAAAAAAAAAAAAAAAAAAAACCCAAAAAGAAUUAUUAGUAGAAAAUGUAGUUGUACUGUAAGCGCUGCAAACUUAAUGUCAAAGCCUGUGAUUUUGCAAAAGAUCAGUGAAAUAAAGUUUGGAUAUGCCAGGUUUCA